UAUAUAACUCCAUUACUCCAAUAAUAUGGCCAGUAUAAUUAAUAAAAUAUGACAUAACGAUUACUAAUUAGCUUUGAUAAACUGCCGUGACCCGUACGAGUAUAUAAUAUUUUUAAUCUACCUACGUAUACGCUAUUGGCCAGAAUACAUAAUAACACUGUGUUCGAGAUUCCGUCGUACUAUCGGGUGUCGAGGUAUUUUGUCCUGUACUAAGUACACGAACAGAUUGUCCGUGCCACAUUUGUUAUCCACUCUUUGCAGAUUUAUUACAUUUAUUACUCGUGCUAGGUCGUUGAGAUUUUGAGAUGGCGACCAGAUGGGGAGUAAUAGGUACCAGCAAUAUUUCGCACGAUUUUGCUGUGGCCAUGAGUACGUUGCCACGGACAGAACACUUGAUCACAGCAGUGGCGUCUAAAGACAAGGCGAGAUCUCAAGAAUUCGCUGAACAGUUUGACAUUCCCAAGGCGUACGAUUCUUAUUCUCUCGUGGCAACCGACACCGAAGUAGACGUUGUUUAUGUGGGCACCCUCAAUGAACACCAUUACUCUGUCAGUCGCUUAAUGUUGGAACAUGGUAAAAAUGUUUUAUGCGAAGAACCAUUCUGUCAGAAUACUGAACAAGUCCAACAGCUCGUUGAACUUGCAAGGUCCAAAAACUUGUUUAUUAUGGAGGCCAUGUGGAUGUUUUUUACCCCAGCAUUUACUAUUUUAAGAGAAGAAAUCAAAAAAGGUACAAUUGGUGAACCGUUGCAAAUAAUUUCUUCAUUUGGUACACCGAUGUCUGAAUCACUUAUUCAACAGCGAAAUAGUGGAGGUUCAAUAUUAGAGUUAGCUGUAUUCUCAGUUUACAUGAGCCAAUUCCUGUUUGGACCUGAAAAGCCUCAAAUCUAUGGCGCUUGUGGACAAUUAACAGAAUCUGGGUUUGACAAGGAUGCAAGUGUAAUUUUAAAGUAUAGCAAUGGCAGAAUUUCUACAUUUUUAAGCCAUUUCAAAGUUGACCUACCCAAUGAGGCAAUUGUAUUUGGCACUAAAGGAAAUAUUAAAUUAUACGAUCCAUUUUGGUCAGCGACUAAAAUGUCUGUAAACGGAACAGACAUUAAUAUAGACGUGCCUCCUACAAAAAAAUCAACAAGAUAUGGAAAUAGUGUGCAACUAAUCUACGAGAUUCAAGAAGUUAGAAAUUGUCUUCUGAAAGGUUUAAAUGAGAGCAGUAUAGUUCCAUGGUCGUUAAGUAUUGAGAAUGCAAUUUUAGUUGAAGAUAUAAGGAAAAAAUUGGGAGUAACUAUUUGUAAAUAAUAUAAAAACCGAUUUUGGUAGAUAACUUAUAUUUUAAAUUUUAUGUUAUUGUUGCAAAUAAAAAUUAUUUACUUGUUGAUUUGUAAUUAAGU